AUGGAAAGCUCAGGUCUGUUGCUUUUGCUGUCUGGAGUUCUUGCGAGCUCUGCCAUCUUGUUACAUCUCUUCCGGGAUCCUCUCGGCCAUGUCCCAGGUCCACGCAUCGCAAGAUGGACCAGUCUUUGGCUUCAGUUUCUUGAUUUUUCGGGCUACCGAUCGCUGGUGAUCCAUGAUCUCCACGCAAGAUACGGCCCCGUGGUGCGUAUCGCUCCCAACGAGCUCUCGUUUUCCAGCAAGAGAGCGCUGCGGGAGAUCUACAGCCCCAACAGCGACUAUACCAAGGCACCUCGAUACGCAGCAUUUGGCCGCAAGAGUCUGUUCACCAUGCUUGACAAGCAAGAGCAUCGACUCCGGGCUAAACGGAUCAGCCCUGUUUUCGGCCCUUCGAUGCUUGGGACGGUCGAAGGCAUCGUUUCUGCCCAGAUCGAGAAAUUGGUACACAUCUUGGAGAGCCACACCGACCAGUCUAUCGAUGCGAUGCUCUGGUUUCGUAUGCUGACGCUUGACACCUUUGGCGACAUGUUUCUGGGCACAAACUUCGGCGGACUGGACAACAAACGACCUCCAGAGAUCCUUGAGGAUCUUGAUAACGUGUUUCCGACGUAUUGGAUCGAAUGGCAAUUUCCAUGGCUGUUUCACAUUCUGUGUAUGGUGCCUUAUAGGCCCUUGCAUCAGUUCAUCACAACCGGAGGCCGAUUCUAUAAGAAAGGAGCUCAAGCUUUCAACCAGUACAUCCAACUCUACGGGCGCGAUGGUGAACGCCGUGAUCUGCUGCAGCGAAUGAUUGCCGCUAGCACGGAAAAGAAGAUUGCAGCCCCGCUCACAGACGAGGAGAUCGUGGUCGAACUGACCAACCUAAUCUUCGCCGGGACCGAUACCACAGGCAACACAUUCAGUUACAUGUUCUGGGAGCUUGCGAGGAAUCCGACGUGGCAGGCUCGUCUGCGGAAGGAACUGCAGGAAGUGUCUUGGAACGGGGUGGUGCCUGAGUACAAGACCGUAGCUCAACUGCCGAUCCUUGAGGCCAUAAUCCAAGAGACCCUCAGACUGUGGCCUGCAGCUCCAGCUAGCCUCCCUCGCAUUGCGUCUGCGCAGGGUGGUGUGAUCGAUGGAACGACUAUUCCUCCUCAUGUGAGUGCCCUAUCCCGACUCGAAGCUUUCGCACGAGAGACAUGGGCAUUGAUGUAUGUGCUUUGUAACCAGACACUCGUAUCUUGUCAGAGUCUCACUAUCCAACGAGAUCCUGAGGUCUUCCCUUCUCCGGAAUACUUCCGUCCUGAGAGAUGGCUGGCUGAAGACGAGGCUGGAAAGAGUCUGCAAUCCGACCUUGACACCAUGCGAGACAGCAUGUUGGUCUGGGGUAAAGGCUCACGAACUUGCCUGGGUAAAUCUAUCGCCAUGAUGGAGCUGAAGUUGGGACUUGCUGCAAUCAUCAGACGUCUGUCACCGCAGCUGGCGAGCGAGAAGACCAACGAGGACAUGGAGAUGCGAGACCAUUUUGUUUUGAUAGCCAAGGGUGGCCGAUGCCUGCUAAGAUAUGAGAAAGCGUGA